AUGUCCUCCUCCGCCGGCGACGGCUGCGCGGCCCCGUCGUCGGCGUCCAAGGGAAAGGCCAGGAUGGACGACGACGCCGAGGCCGAGGCCGAGGGCGUGCCGUGCGGCAUCUGCCUGACGGACUCGCGGCGGGCGAUCCGGGGCGAGCUCGACUGCUGCGCGCACCACUUCUGCUUCGUCUGCAUCAUGGCCUGGGCGCGCGUCGAGUCGCGCUGCCCCUACUGCAAGGCCCGCUUCCGCACCAUCCGCCGCCCGCCCGUCCCCGGCCGCCUCCCCGACGAGCGCAUCGUCACCGUCGCCCAGCGCAUCCAGGUGUGGCAUCCUCUAGGCAACGAGAGUAGCGUGGUGGGCGCCGAUCCUUCCGCAAACAGCACCUGCAGCGUCUGUAGCUGCACCAACGAUGAGGACCUGCUGCUGCUCUGCGAGCUGUGCGACGUGGCCGCGCACACCUACUGCGUCGGGCUGGGGACCACUGUGCCGGAGGAUGACUGGUUCUGCAAGGACUGCGCGACCUCCAAGGAGGAGCACUCGAGGUGCCAGGUCGAUGAUGGCAGCGGGUCUAGUGAUGAGAGUGAGCUUGAAAUCACCAUUGACGUCCCGAGCGCUGAGCCAGUUACAGGCCCUUCCCGUUCUGAUAUCGUGGAUGAGGGUUACUCUCGGAGUUCAGCCCCUCCGACAAAUGUGCGGAGCAGUGGGUCUGUCCCGGUUCCUUCUAUUUAUGGUAACAGGGAUGGAUACUACGGAUCAAAUUUGGCACGGCCGGCAGAUGCGCGCAGCAGUGGGCCUUUCCAAGUUCCUUCUAUUUAUGAUGAUGUGGAUGAAGAUUCCGGAACAAGUCCAGUGAAUGGGACAAAUGCACAGAGCAGUGGGCCAGUUCCUUCUAUUUACGAUAUUGUGGAUGAGGAUUAUGAAGCAAAUUCCGUCCGCAGGGCUAAUCUGCGGAGCGCUAGGCCUGAUAGAACAUCGGAGGGUACUUCUUCAGAUGAAUCUAUUUGUCUGGGAUCUCCUCAAAAGCGAGGCAGUGGUCGCACAUUCUUGCAUGCUCAUGCCCGCUUUGGAAUCGAGAGAGCUAGAACAUUGCGGAAUUCUCGCAAUCUUACUAGACGAAUAACAGAGCUGCGUCAGAACUGGUCUGGUCUCCGUGAAGGUUCUGUGGGAUUUGCAACACAUCUACGCAACAAUAGAAGGGAAAAUAGCGCCGCUACUUCUUCUUCUGUUAAUGAGCAUAAGCAGUCCAGGAUGGCUUCCACCAAGGAAACCCCUACCAUAUCUGGCUAUGCUAACAAGAUUGCACCCAAGGAAACCCGUCAUGUCAGUAAGGCAUGGAAAAUGUUGGAAAUGGCAAAAUCUGCUGGUGGAAGGAAGAAAUGUAACACGCCUUCCUCCCAAGACUGCACUCCUCGAUUCUCUAUGGGGAAUAGAUCAACAUCAUUCAGCCCGAUCGAUACAAUCUUAGGACAAAACAACCAGAGCCUGUCUACUUUGGUAGCCCAGAGAAACACUAUGAAAUAUGACCGUGGCGCAAAAAAGGAUAGUACACUGCCCAAGAAGGACCUUGAAGGACACCGCAAUAUGCUUGGGAAUUGCCAUGCGUUAGUCCUUGAAAGAAAUGGUCUGUUCCAGGAUAGAAAUAGAAUGGUAAAUGACGAAAGUCCAAAUGGUAAAGUUACCUCAUCAAGCCACAGUCAGCGCGUAGAGCAGACACAGGAGUCUUCGUGUGCCAGCAAAGCUGCCUCAUCAAGCCACAGACAACACGGUGAUCCAACCUUAGGAUCUUCUUGUGGUUCGCGCUGGUCAGGGGAACGUCUAUCGUUCGGUAGGUCCAUGGUGACCUCUCCGCUACAAUUUGUGUCAAGCUCAGGGAGCCAAUCUGGUACAAUGGUAAACCCUGUGGAACCCCCAGCCGUUCAGGUUACAGCAUCAAGUGAAACUGGUACUGCAGCAGCAACAGUGGAAGUUAGGAAAACUUCUGGAUCAGACCGUCAUGGGUCCAAGAGAAAACUUCGCUUUGAAACAUCUGACGAUCAAGGAUCCAAAAAACUUAGGAAGCACUCUAAAAUUGCAAAAGGUGAAAUCUCAUCCUUGGCUUUGCGUGAGUUGAAGCUACUCAAGAUAGACAAAACAUAUGGUUCUGAGAGAUUCAAGGAAGCUGCUCGAGCAACAACACAUACAGUCCUGGCUUCCUGCGGAUUGGAACACUCACCAGAGCUAGCUGUAGCGGUCCCUAAACCAGUUUGCAAGCACAAACCUCCCAGACCUUCAGUGAUAGCCAAUACAUGCAAAGAAUGCCUGUGUGAUUUUGUUAAAUUAGCCAUCAGCUCGGUGCUGUCCAGCCACCAGAUGGAUCAAGCUGCUCCCUCCUGCUAGAAUCUAGACACAGUCUGUAACUGUCUUUUGGUUGUAGCUUAGACUUAUACCCCAUAGCUCAAAUAGGAUGCAUGUUGUUGUACAUUUUCAUAGCAAUUCAAGGGUUUCCUUGCAGUGUAGUGGUUUUAGGUGCUCGAAACAACUUUUGCUGGUUUUUAUGAUGCAUGGUUGGUGCGCCCCGACAUGGAGCACAGAGCAGGUCUCACUUGCCAGUGUUUGUAAACGUUCGCUGUAGUGAUUGGAACAAGAAGUCUCCGAAUGAAGGAAAACCAGGUGGAAGUUGGCAUAA